ACGUUUGGGGUUGCUCAUUCAUUUAGGGUUUUUGGACAAUGUCGUCUCCAAGCCGGCGCCGGGAGAUGGAUGUGAUGAAGCUCAUGAUGAGCGAUUACAAGGUGGAAAUGCUCAACGAUGGCAUGAACGAGUUCAUUGUGGAUUUUCAGGGGCCAGCAGAUAGUCCUUAUGAGAGUGGAGUGUGGAAGGUCCGCGUUGAGCUUCCCGACUCUUAUCCCUACAAAUCGCCCUCCAUUGGAUUCGUGAACAAGAUCUUCCAUCCGAAUGUCGACGAGUCCUCGGGAUCUGUUUGCCUGGAUGUGAUCAAUCACACUUGGAGCCCCAUGUUUGGUAAAGAUUUUGUUUCUUCAGUCUUUGUUCUUCUUUUGGGUUCUAAGCUUGUAUUGGUUUUGGCAGACCUCGUCAAUGUUUUCGAGUCAUUCCUUCCGCAGCUGCUGCUGUAUCCAAAUCCAAGUGACCCUUUGAAUGGCGAGGCCGGGUCUCUGAUGAUGAGGGACAAAGAAAGGUACGAGCAAAAGGUGAAAGAGUACUGCGAGAGAUAUGCCAAGCCCAAAGAUGCGCAAACCGCUGUGGAAGAGAGCAGUGACGGGGAGAUCAGUGACGACAGCUACACGUCGAGCGAAGACGACACCCUGGGCUGGCAAGCAGACCCGUGAGGAAAGAAGACGAGAAAACGUCUGAUUUGUAAAUAGCCAGAUUGUACAUAAAUUGCCAAAUGUAAGUAGCUCCAACGUAUCCAUCUA